AUGAUAAAUCGUCGGAUGAUUCUAGUGAGCGAUGGCCAAAAUUCUGGUCAGCAUAGAGUCAUAACAUCCAGUGGACAAUCGGGAAACACAAUUCUUGAUGGAAAAACUCAAACUGUAUAUACAACAACCAGUGAUAAAACGACACAUUUUAUGUCUCCGAUUGGAUCACUUCAAUUAACAGCUGAAGAAUGUAACGAAAUUCUCAUGAAGAGAGCCGUUGCUGCUGUCCAAAAUCAACAAGCCAUCACAACUACUGCUUCGGAUGGUCAUAAUGCUCCCAUAUCAAUUCAGGUCCAGAAAGUGUUACAGACUCUCGAGGAUAGUGAAGAGCAACAAUUAACACACUGCAAAAUGGAACCAAAUAUGAGUUCAUCGCCAAAACUUGAAACUAUUGAGAUUGUCCAUUUCGAGACGGCAGAAGAUUCGAAGCCAAUCAUUCAGAAGACUAGAAAGAAUGAUCCAGGCAGUAAUAAGGAACGACCUUAUGCUUGUGAGCAGUGCGGAAAGACAUUUUUAUUGAAGCAUCACUUAACAACUCAUGCACGAUCGCAUACUGGCGAACGUCCCCAUGUCUGUCCUCACUGCCAUAAAGAUUUCAGUCACAAACACUGCUUAAAUACACAUUUAUUGCUUCAUACCACCGAGCGUCCCUACCAAUGUGGUGAAUGUAAGAAGUGCUUCACAUUAAAACAUCAUUUAUUAACGCAUCUUAGAGUACAUACUCGUGAUCGUCCUUUCGUAUGUCAAGAGUGUGGCAGAUCAUUUCCUCUAAAACGUCAUUUGGUGACACACAGUAAAUUUCAUGCCGGAGAACGGCCAUUUAUUUGUGAGGAUUGUGGGGAGAGUUUCGCACAGAAAGAACAUUUGGAUAUGCAUUCAAGAUUCCAUGGAUCCGUAAAUCCAUUUGCCUGUAAUGAUUGUGGAGCCACAUUUGCCCGAAAAUUUCAGCUUAUUAAUCAUGGAAAGUUGCAUGGUCGCGUACCACAUUCUUGUACCGUUUGCGGACGAGAAUUUCUUCAGAAGCGUACAUUAGCAACUCACAUGAAGACACAUACAGGUGAAGCAAGCUUCCCAUGCUUAGCUUGUGGUGAAGGAUUUGCUUCAAAGGCAGAACUAAAUGCACAUAAUCGAUUAGUACACGGUGGUUUAAAUCCUAAUGCACCAAAUACGACAAUCGUAACAAAUAAAACGGCUACAGUUAUUCAACAACAGCAACAACAAAAUCAAGCUCAACAACAAGCAGCACAACAAGCUGCUGCACAGCAGCAAGCUCAGCAACAAGCUGCUGCUCAACAAGCAGCAAAUGUUCAACAUCAAGUUCAGCAACAACAACAACAGCAGCAGCAACAACAGCAACAGCAGCAACAACAACAACAACAAAUUGAAGUUCAGCAUUUACAGCAACAAGGACAAACGGUUACCGUUGUUGGAAAUCCUAAUAUUUUAACUACAAUAAGUGGAGAAACUCCACCUCGUUUGCAGUAUGCUUGCCGAGAAUGUGGAAGUGUGUUCAAUAGCCGUGAAGGUCUUGCCUUACAUUUACGGCUUCAUUCGGGAGAUAAGAGUCUUAUUAACGAUUUAUGCGCCCUUACUGCCUCCAUUCCUGGCCAUCUUUUUCAAGGUGUUAAUCAAAUUAAUCUUCCUUCGGGUACAACAUUUGUUACUACACAACCGGGAGCCUCUUCAUCUCCAGUGCCGGUCCAAAUUAUUACAUCUACUGGCGAAGUAGUGAAUCAAAUCCUUCAGAGUCCACAACAUAAUCAACAACAUCAACAAAUACAAAUUCAGUCUGCACAGCAAGCGCAACCUCAAGUUAAACAGCAAAUUGUCCAACAACAAACUGUUCAAGUUACACAACAACAUCAGCAUCAGCAACAACAGCAACAAAAUCAGAAUCAGCAGGUACAACAAGCCACAGUUGUUCAAAUCACAUCACCGCCACAACAAAAGGCUAAAACACACUUUUGUCAGUAUUGUGGGAAGAGUUUCGUUGCUAAACAUGGUCUUAUGUUGCAUAAUAAGCGUCAUCCAGACGGAAGCUGUACCCUGCGUUCACACGUAUGUCCUGAAUGUGGAAAAGCUUUCCUCCAAAAGAACCAUCUCAUUCUUCAUCAACGUCAGCAUUUAGAACAGAAUCGUGGCGGGAAAUCAAAUCAACAGCAACAGCUUGAACAGCAACAGAAUCAGGUACAACAGAAUGGAGACCAGCAAGGUCAACAGCAGAUAACAAUCCAACAAUCAGGUCAGGCUCAAUCGCAAGGCCAACAAAUUCAAUUGGCAACACGAAAUGUACUAAUGCCAAAUCAGCAAGUCUUGCAAGUGCUACCAGACGGUGGAACAUGGGUAAAAUAUGAGAUAAUACAAUCGGAUCAAAUGGAAUAG